CGGAGGGAGUAGUUCUGUACCAACAAACCCUCACUCUUUCAUUCACAAAUUUAAUUGAUCUUUUGAAUUAAUUUAUAAAUAUAUUUGUGAAGUGUAUCAGAGUAAAUCAAGCAGUGUGAGCUUUCGAAGAAGAUGAAGGGAGGAUUAGUGAAAUGGGGGUUUCGAGGUAACAGAGUUUUGGACGAGGCCUCGAAAUUAACCGUGAGAGGUGUUCUUGGGACUGUUAUGGAGAAUCUGAGAAAUGAUGGGGCCAGGCCCAUUAUUCCAUUGGGCCAUGGUGACCCAUCUUCAUUUUCUUGCUUUAAAACUGCACCUGUGGCUGAAGAUUCUGUUGUGGAGGCCAUUCGUUCUGCCAAGUUUAACUGUUAUGGCCCUGCUGCUGGGAUUUCUGCGGCAAGGAGGUCAGUUGCAGAUCAUCUAUCUUUGAAUCUUCCAUAUAAAUUAUCUGCUGAGGACAUUUUUCUGACAGUCGGUGCCAAUCACGCAAUUGAAGUUAUUUUAUCAGUUCUUGCUCGGCCUGGUGCCAAUAUAUUAAUUCCAAGACCAGGCUAUCCAGUAUAUGAAGCUCGUGCUGCCUUUAGCAAUGUAGAGGUUAGGCACUUCAAUCUUCUGCCAGAAAAAGGUUGGGAGGUUGACCUUGACAGUGUGGGAGCACUCGCAGAUGAUAAUACUGUUGCCAUAGUUAUCGUCAACCCAGGAAAUCCCUGUGGAAACGUUUUCACACAUGAACACCUAAAACAGGUUGCAGAGACUGCAAGAAGGCUUGGAAUUCUUGUAAUUGCAGAUGAAGUAUAUAAUCACCUAUGUUUUGGAAGCAACCCAUUUGUCCCAGGAGGAGUGUUUGGAACUAUCACACCUGUUCUUACUCUAGGGUCACUGUCAAAAAGAUGGAUUGUCCCUGGUUGGCGACUCGGAUGGAUUGCAAUAAAUGAUCCAAAUGACAUUUUGCAGAAACAUGGGCUUGUUGAAUCUAUCAAGAGCUAUAUCAGCAUCAGCGCUGAACCUCCAACUUUCAUUCAGGGAGCAUUACCACAAAUCCUUGAGAAAACAACAAAUGGCUUCUUUUCUAAUACCAUCGAAAUACUUAAAGAGGCUGUGGAUGUGUUCUACACUAAACUUGAGGAAAUUCCUUGCCUGACUUGCCCUCAGAAACCAGAAGGAGCCAUGUCUUGCAUGGUGAAACUAAACCUGUCACUGUUGGAGGACAUACAUGACGAUAUGGAUUUUUGUAUCAAGUUAGCUAGAGAAGAGUCGGUAGUCGUGCUUCCAGGGGCCGCGGUAGGGCUUAAGAAUUGGCUUCGCAUUACUUUUGCUGUUGAUCCGGCAGCUCUGGAAGAUGGUCUUGAGAGAAUGAAAGCCUUCUAUCUGAGGCAUGCUAAGAAGCAAGGCGAAGCUGACGAGGAUCAGAUUGUAAGCUUAUAGGACAGAAUUUUAUCUAUUAUGUCGAACACCAAGUUUGCUCUUAUCAGAUUCAGACUUGUGCUAGCUCAGAAUCUACUAGCUCAAGGACUGUGAUUAUUCCAUAAAUCUGUUUUCAUAAUUCAAAAU